AUGUCUGUCGAAACUGAAUUUAUUGAUUCAACAUCUGGAAAUAAUAAUUGUCGUGUCUUGGUGACCGGUGCAUCCGGUUAUCUUGCUAUACAUUGCGUCCAACAACUGUUACAACAGGGUUAUAAAGUACGUGGAACAGUUCGUGACUUGAAUUGUCUUGAAAAAAUUAAUCCGUUGCGGCAGUUGGCAAAUAGCAAUCGAUUGGAACUUUUUCGUGUUGCUCUUGAGGAUGGUGCAGAAUUAUGGGAAAAAGCAAUAACGGAUUGUACGUACGUGUUGCACGUAGCAAGUCCAUGUGACAUAAUAGCGGAUGAUAAGAUAGUCGAGAUAGCAGUUUGUGGUACUUUAAAUGUCCUUCGUGGUUCCUCAAAAAGACAAUGCGUACGAAAAAUUGUACUUACGAUGGGACAUAAAAAUCGAACGAAACUUUUCACUGAGAAUGAUUGGACGAAUUUGAACUGGAAACACUUGCAUGCAUACCACAGAAGCAAAAUUUUGGCUGAACAAGCGGCUUGGGAUUUUAUGAAAAAAAAUCCAGAUGUAUCAUUUUCAUUGACAGUUUUAAAUCCCUGCAUGAUUAUUGGACCAUCGUUGCAGAAUGCUAAGGGAUCAAGUGUUACGAUUAUCAGUCGUUUCAUGGAUGGUUCAAUGCCAGCUUAUCCAGCAAUGAAACUUAGUUUCGUCGAUGUUCGUGAUGUUGCUCAAGCGCAUAUUUUAGCAAUGAAAGAAGCAAAAAGUGAUGGGCAAAGGAUUCUUAUUAGCGCUGAAACGUUAUCAUUCCAACAAAUUGCUAAUAUUUUACGAGAAGAAUUUGGCAAACAAGGCUAUCGUAUUCCGCGAUUUAAAGCUCCAUAUAUAGCUUUAUGGCUUUAUUCAUUAACUGAUAAAGCAGCGUCACAAGCUUUACCGUUAUAUGGACAUGAGGAUAAAUUAGACAACUCUAAAAUAAGCAUCUCAACUUCUGGGUAUGUCAUACCAAGAUGUGAGGAAAUCAUUGAUAGAAAUGGUUUAUGA